AUGACUCGUUCGCAAGAUUUCAAUGUGUGGUACCUCGAUGUCAUUUCCCAGGCUGAGCUCACUGAUUACGACCCUGUUCAUGGUACCAUGGUUAUUCGACCAUACGGUUAUGCCAUUUGGGAAGCUAUUCAGCCAAAAAAGGCUCCUGACAAUUGGGACAUAGGAGUGUUUGAUUCAGGUCAACCUCCUCAUGCCUUGGUUACUUUUGGUUUUGGUGGGAAGUUGAUUGUGAUGAAGGAUACAAAUGAUUGUGGUGAAGGAUACAAAUGUUUCCACAUACAAAUGGUGUCAUUAAAAUGUCCAAGACUGGAUUCGAAUAAGAAUCAUAAUUUUACAAACAAUGAUGUUGAAGAUAAAUCUAUGAAGUUACACUGCUAUAUGGACACAAGAUCCUCCUUAGACAGGGUGUUCUUUCUCAGAGGAGAUCUAGCUUUCGGGGUAACCAAUUCCCUCUAG